CACUGUUGAGUGCAGUUGCGAUUUGUAAACAAAAGUUUAUCAAAGUCAGCUGUGUGUCGUGCACCUCCUUUAAUAUUCGUUAAUUUACGUUAAUUUCUUUAUGGGAAAUAUCGAAAGAUAUCCUGUAUCCUGCGUCCUGACAGUUGGUCGUUUAGCGUAGGCGUCAAGAAUCGAUCCAUAUUCCUAGUAGACCGCUUGCAUUGGCAGUCUGGAUUUGAACCACGGGAUCAACUCAGAAGUUCAUCCCUGUCAACAGGAAUGUUAUCAAUGGAAGGCGAAGUAAAUAAAGGUAAAAGAAGUAAACAAAAAGGAAACCAGAUGUUUCAUGGAUUUGUUACGUACUGUAGAUGUCAUAAAGACAGAUCAUAAUUUCUAUAAAAUAAUCCACUAAUAUCUGCUUUAAUCUGAUCCAAUAAAAAAAUGAGCCGCUCAAAAGAAAAAGUCACCAACAUGUUCCGCAAAAUCUUCAAAUCGGGCUCAAAAGAAGGUGAAGGUCCGAGCAAACCCAGCACUUCGGGGACAGGGUCACCGGCAAGACGUCUGCUUCGAGGUUGCAGAGACAGCGUAGCACCUGCAGCUACAUCUACAGCUAGUCCUGCUUUUUCUGCAAAAACAAAAAAAGACGAACACCACACCAAGACCGUCAGAGCCCGACGAUUAAUGAAAGAGUUGAGGGACCUACAGAGGCUUCAAAACUCCAAAUCAGAUCCUGUGUUCACGGUAGAAAUAGUAGAAGACAAUCUAUUCGAGUGGCACGUAAAACUUUUUAAAAUUGACAGUGAGAGUGAUUUAGGAAAUGACAUGAGAGAAUUCGGUGUGGGGUAUAUUCUCCUUCAUUUGGUGUUUCCAGAAAACUUUCCUUUUGCUCCUCCCUUUAUGCGCGUCAUUUCUCCUAGGAUAGAAAAAGGUUUCGUAAUGGAAGGUGGCGCUAUUUGUAUGGAAUUGCUGACUCCAAGGGGCUGGGCUAGCGCUUAUACCGUUGAAGCUGUUAUAAUGCAGUUUGCUGCUAGUGUCGUGAAGGGUCAAGGACGAAUACAAAGGAAAAACAAAGGUCAAAAAGUUUUUAGUAGACGAACGGCGGAAGAAAGUUUCAGAUCGUUGGUUAAAACUCAUGAUAAAUACGGUUGGGUCACUCCAAGCUUAUCUGAUGGUUAGUAAGGCAUGAAUUUCUUUCGGAAUGGUAUUUUUAAAAUAAACACUUACCUGUAAAGGUAAGCUUUUAACGAGC